CAUCCUUCACUGCCGACCAGUCCGGAUUGAAGGAGGACAGAGAGACAAGCCGUGAAAGCGAACAGAUGUGAACCGGACUACGGAAAGAGAACAAGCUGCAGUAGAAGACGGAGAACCUCUCAUUGUGCUAAUAUGUGGCAGCCCGCGUCGGAGCGAUUGCAGCACUUCCAGACCAUGCUGAAGACCAAGCUAAAUGUGCUGACGCUGAGGAAGGAGCCGUUGCCCACGGUGAUCUUUCACGAGCCUGAGGCCAUCGAACUCUGCUCCACCACGCCGCUCACAAAGAGCAGGCCCCAUGCUGGAUACAAGGUGGCCUACCUGGGUAAGGUGACUAUCUCUGGGACCCAGUUCCUGUCUGGCUGCACAGAGUCGGCUGUGGUGGGUCUAGUGGAGCAUCGUGCCCUGGCCCAGCAACAGGGCACCUGCCCCGCAGGCAACUCUCUGCUGGAGAUUCGGCCCUUCCAGGUGCGUCUUCACCACCUGGACGAGCAUGGUGAGGCUUCAGUAACCAUGGACACCUACCAGGUGGCGCGGAUUGCCUACUGCACAGCUGACCACAGCAUCAGACCCAACGUAUUUGCUUGGAUCUACCGGGAGAUCAACGAUGACCUGUCCUUCCAGAUGGACUGCCACGCUGUGGAGUGUGAGAACAAGCUGGAGGCGAAGAAGCUGGCUCACUCAAUGAUGGAGGCUUUCCGCAAGACUUUCCACAGCAUGCGCAGCGAUGGCCGCAUCCACAAGAGUGGCUCAUCAGACGACUUUGCUGAGGACUCAUCCACCCCUGAAGACUCGACCCCAGACGAUGGUUGAACUGAAACUCACCUAAACUCCUGAUCCCCAUCCUAACAAAGCAAGGGGUGACUGGAAGGAUGGACUGAUUACCUGCUCUCCCUUAUUCUCCCCUACUAUCAUUUUCUGUUAUCAAUUUGGAACAAAAUUAACUGACCCUGUGAACCAACACGCCCUGGAUAAUGAAGUAGCUGUUAAAUACUGUAAAGAUGAAAAAGGAGUUACAAGAGAUCUACAUUUAUCAUACAGGAAUAGCAAAGUGCUGCCACUUUGAAUAAAUGGCCCUCAAAGACCCUUUGGGGGCCUUUCAAGCACCUCGGUAAACGCCCUCAAGAGAUUGACUCAACAUUUCCAUUUCCAUUUUCAACCACUGUCACUCCUGCACCCAGCGGAGACACUGUUAGUGGUUCUUAAGCUUUUUCAUUUAGGAAACAACAAACUUAAGUCCCUGUUUUUCUGACCCCAGCUCAUGACAACCUAUUGCUACUCUUGCCAUGUAGGGACCCAGCAGAAAUAGGCCUGUGACCUAUUCUGGGUCCCAACCCAGAGUUUAUGAGACUGUUGGAGCACAUAAAUUCUUUAAAUGUUUAAUUAUGUGGAUCUCUGUUAUAAUGCCUUUGACCUUGGUAAUAGCAAAUGAGGAUGUGAAAGAAAAGAUAAGCCUUUAAGCACUAUUCAUAUCAUCACUAUGGUACCUUAGUCCACCCCCAAAAUUGUUUGCCGUCAUGUGGACGACGGAGCCAGAGCUUCUACCGCUGUCUCCGUUUAAUAGGUACUUAAAGAUUCAAAGUAUGUGUAAGGCACCUGGGAGAAUAUAGGUGCUAAAUAGAUGUUACAUUUUAGAAGUUCUCACUGGGCUGAAAGCCUGGACCUGUCUGCGACACCUUAAUCAUCCACAUCUGACUUCUGUAUGUAUAUAUAUAUAUAUAUAUAUAUAUAUACAUAUAUAUAUAUAUGAGUAUACCAAAAUUCAGGCUGGAUUUUGCCUGUCAGAUUAUGUGCCUCACUUUCCUCUCACAUUAGUUUGUUCUCUUACCCAGGUCCCAGUCUGUAUGUGUGGCCAUGUGUGUGCGUGCUGACCUUUUUUGUUUUUUUCUGCGUGUGUAGGUGUAAUUGCUUACUUCUGUACUUUGUGUAUAUGAAUGUACACGUGAGUGCUUGCAUCUCUGUGUGUGAAAGAGAGAAGAGAAAGAAGAUUAAGGAGGGAUAUUGUAUGAAUAGCUCGAAGGGAGGACUUCUCAUCGCCCCGGAAGCAUCCAUUUUUGAUGCUUAAGGAGGCGUUUUAAUAUCUGACAUGGUACUGUGACCAUUUGCCACGUUUUCUUACUUUUAUCUUGUAUGAAAUGAAAACAUGAGAAUGAGAGUCGGGAUGUGCCAGUCACUGAGGUUGUAGGACCCUAAAAUACAGCUGUCCAUGAUACAACUGACUCCUCCUGGCCUCUGCUUGAAUGUAUGAUGAGUCUAACGUGCUGUAAGCACCUCGCACCAUCUUCAGUCACUUCAGUCUCCCAUAAUCUCCUCAUGCUAUCACAGACAGCUGUGAGGGACAGUCAGUGACCGGUUUCACUCUGCUGCCCUGCGUCGCCUCUCUGAGCGACCGAGGCACUGUUGUGGGGCAAAAGCUCAUCAGAGCUCCACACCACUUUCUUCUUUUCUAACUGGACUGUAUUGAACAGACUGGACGCUAUCGGUGGAAAUCGGUCAGUGACUCAAACAGAAUGACCAGGUGGCUCCGGUCAACACACACACACACACACACACACACUUACACACACUCAAAUAUACACACCUGCAUACAAUUAUACAUAUGUACACAUACAUUGUAUUUGAAUCUUGCUCAAUAAGCUUAUGUAAAUACAAAUGUAUCACUUUCCAAAUAUUACAGCAUAAAUGUUGAUAGCUAUUUUAAAUAAUAAAAACAAUGUUGAGAACCAUCAUACGAUACAGAAACAGUGUUAUAAAGCCUACUGUGAAAAAUAAGUGGAGAGCCUGAUAGCGGUGGCUGUGUGUGCGUGCAUGUGUGUGUGUGUGUGUUUGGAAGGCAUUGUAUGUGGUGGGAAGUGUGGUGAGGGGUGUGUAUGGACAGGCCAGAGGGCGGAGAAUGUUUAUAAAGCUGUAGAUUACUGUGUCAUGUCUGUCUGAAAGCUCAGACGCGCUUUAAAUGUUUGACAAAUGUUACCUUAAGUGUUUUCUAUACAGUGUUUGCAAAGAUCAAGAAACAAUUGCAUAUAAAGUAUUUACCAAGA